AUGUAUACUACUCAACCACUUGUUGGGGUUAAUCAACAGUCAUCGCAACAGUAUGGAUAUAUCAAUGGAUCUCAAACACAACAGCAACAAUCUUCUUCUGGUAUUUCUAAUAAUUCAACAGAUUUAUUUCAUACAAAUCAUAAUGUUGCAUUUUCAACAAUGAGACGUUCAAGUCGUCCAAAAGACUUGAGUAUUGAUUUGACAAUAGUUGAUGAACAAUCAUCACCGUAUUCAGCCUCUUAUGUAAUUCAACCUCAUCAUCAACAUAUUCAGCAACAACAACAAAUGUACGCAAUAACUGUCAAUACACCAUUUCAGUCUCAACAACGUACCGGUAGUCAUACUCCUCAUACAUAUCCUUUUUUAACAUCACACAUAUCAUCGCCUAACCAACAGCAUACGCUGAUUAAUAAUACCACGGCAUUCACUUUUCCACCACCUCAAUCACCAGUGCAACGAUAUAAUUCUGUACCAGCUUCACCAAAUAAUAGCUCUAAUAUUUCUAUCGUUACAUCACCUAGACAUCAAAAAAUGGCGUUAAUUCAACAAUCGUCAACAAUUCAACACUCUUAUAAUCAACAGACACAACAGUCUCAAAUUCAAUUACAUUCUCCAUUAAUAUUAAAUCAUACAAAUAGUAGGGCUUCAACACCAAAAACAUUAAAUUCGAACAAUAAUAACUCAAAUAUUCGUCUUUUAGCUACAUCACAAUGGUCAAAUAAUGCUCUCAAUCCACUAAUGGUUGCACAUUUACAUGAACAUUCAAUAAAUGUCAAUAAUGACCAAAAAAUGCAUUAUAAUAACACCAGCAACAAUAACAAUCGAAUCGACGUCAACGAUGAUAAUAAUAAUAAUGAUGAUGAUGAUGAAGAUCCUUCAGCUUCAAUCGAUGCACUUGUUGCUGACGUGGAUGCUACUUCAAAUGCGAUUCUACAACAAAAACAAAAACAACAACAACAAAACCAGCCACAAUCCGCUAGUGGAGUGGACCAAGAUAAACAAUCAUCUCAAGAUCAACCACAUCUUUCACAAACAUCUCCAUUAUACAUUCGUGGACAUUCUCAAGUACUCAACACACCACCAAAUCCAUUAGCAUUAGACGAUCAUCCAGACAAUCAUCCAGACAAUCAUCUUCAUCUCAUGCAACACCAACCUGUUUUAUCACCGUCAACAUGUAAAAGUUUUCAACAAUCAUUUAAUCAAUCGAGUCCAUUGCAUAGUGCCGGUUUUCAAUUAAAUAACAAUGAAACAUCGUCUCGAUCAAAAUCUUAUUUUACAUUUGAUGCAUCUGUAACAUCAAAUAAAACGGAACAACAAACGUUGAAUGAUACUGUGUUUAAUACAAAUAAAGAUUUAAUAAAAACAUUGAAUAAUCACCAUCAUUCACACGGUAAAACAAUAAAUAAUUCAGAUAAUGAGAAAGAUCAUUAUGAUAAUAGUUUAACAACAAAAAAGAAGCCAUUAAUGACAAAUACUGAUUGUAUGAUUGAGAACGAACAGAGUAAAGACACGACAACAACACCCGAUAUGAUUGUCGACCGAUUAUUAAAUGAAAACGGCACAAAGGUUGAAUCGAUUUCACAAAGAACAACAACGACACCUGUCACUGUACCGAUUGUUGUACAAAAAAAAACUCGUAAGAAAAUGGAUCCUAAUCGUGCAAAAACAUCAACGCCUAUGACUACCAAUGGUUCAACACAAAUAAAAAAUCCAUUUCAAUCUCUACAAAAUCGUCAUUGUUGUACGUAUGCGGAUUGUACAAAAAUAUUUGCUAAUAAAAGUGCGUUAGCUAAACACAAGCUCACACAUUCGCAAGAUCGACGACAUAAAUGUGAAAAAUGCAAUAAAGGUUUUAAACGAUUAGAUCAUCUACAUGGUCAUAUGCUUACACACGAAGAAGAUAAACCCCAUAAAUGUAAGGCACCAGGAUGUUCUCGUACUUAUUGUGAUGCUCGAUCAUUGAAACGUCACAUCGAAAAUCAACAUCAAGAUAUAUUAGCAGCCAUACAUGAAGGCGGUCAUGAUGAUUAUAAACAAUACUUACCUGAAACAGCAUAUGUUAAAACAAAAGAAAGUUCAUCAAAUUUACAAGGAGAUUACUCCAUGGACUCAAAUGACUCACUGAGAUCAACCGAAAAUCUUGAACAGCAACAACAACAAGUUGAUUUAGGAACAGGACAAAAGGCGGGAAAUAAAAUUUUGCCAACAUAUACAUUUGACGAAGAAAAAUGCGUGCAGUGUCAAUUAUGCAAGAAAACAUUUAAAAAUGGCGCUGCUUUAAAUGGUCAUAUGCGAUUACACGGUGGAUUUUCUACUGACAACAAGCCACAAAGUAGUCAACAGUUGUCAGAUUCGAAAAAACGUUCAACUGUUACACGUGAAGACUCCGACAUUAAACGUCGUCCCAAGCGUAAACGUCCUGAUGAAUCGUUGAACAACAAGCCAACGCCGCCAACUCUCAUCAGUCAUUCUUUCAUAAAUUGUUUGACACCCGAUUCUGCUCAUUGUUCAUCAUCCACUACGCCAUUGUCAACGACUUCCGUAUCACCUCCAUUAAACAAACAACAAACAAAACGUCCACCAUUAUAUCGUUCGGUACAGAUAAAAAGCGAAGAAGAAGAUGUGAAUGACGAUUAUCUUCAUAAUUUUACGUCCAUCCACUCUCAACAAACGUUUCAUCCAUUUACGACACGUUAUGAUGAUAAAUCCCGUAUACGAUCAGUUUCAUCAUCGGUUAUUGAACGGCAUGCACUUCCCGCGUAUGCAAUAAAGAAUCCACUUAGUGUGCAACAACAACAAGAUCACCAUCAGAUAACUCAUCAACUAAAUCCAACAUUCAAAAAUCGAAAACAACAGCCGUUAUCAAUACAAACUCAAUUAAGUCAUCAUAAAGAUAACGAUAACAUGAGAAAUGUACAAGAUUAUCUUACCACACAUCAAUCUAUGGAUCUUUUAAAUCAUCCUUCUAAUAAUUCAAGAAUGAUGGAUAAUGCCAUGCUACCAAUAUCAAAUCAUAAUUCUCCAUCCCCUCACAGACAACAACACUGUCAUACAUCACAUGAUGAUAUUAAUCACACAAUUGGUUUACCUGGUGGUCUACGUUUUUUGUCGAGUGAGCAUCAGUACAACGAAAAACUCAGAAAAUCACAUUCUGAAAACAAAUUUCUUCAAAUGAAAUCAUAUUCACAUGAUGAGACACAAGGAAAUCCAUUAUCACAUGAUGACACACAAAGAAAUCCAUUACCACAAGCUAUUUUCUGUCAUCAUUUGUAUCAGCAACAGCACCACGACUCACAAAAGAAGAUGUAUAGACAAAGCAGUGAUAAUACUUUCAGUAGUCAGAAUUAUGGUUCUCACUCAAUACCACUCCAACAAUUACAACAGCACGAAACAAAUUAUGCUAAAAAACAGAAUAACAGUGGAAAUAAUAAAACAAAACAUCAUCAUACUCACCACCAUCAACCGUCACAAAACUCAUCUCUGACAUUCCAUCAAUAUUCGCAUCCAUCACACGCCGAUGCUUAUCCAACUUCAUUACUUCAUGCUCCACAACAUUCUACAACAAAUUUGCAUGCAGAUGUUAUUUUACGAAAUCAAAUAACUAAUCACAAUCAUAACAAUAAAACAGAUAACAGUGCAAUAUUUGGCGUUUUAAACUACAUAACACCAAGCCAAAUGCAGCAAGCAGCGACUAUUCAGCAACAAAAUCCUUUCAAUCAAAUUAAACCAGAAAGACGUUAUCUUCCACUUCCACAUCAACUAUUAACUGAUUUGAUACCAUUACAAGAACAUUUGAAACCAAAUCAAUCACAUUCUCCUUCACCACAUGAACAACAUAUGUUUUAUCAUUUGAAUGAUAAUAACGAUUUUCAUCGAACACCAUCAACAAGUCCGUAUCGCUUGCAGCCUUCCCCAUACGCAGUAUCCUCCUCAUCUUUAACACCACAACGAAUAGUUUUAUCACCGCGAUCUAUAGAUCAUCAACAAACACAAGCACAGCGGACGCAUUCACAAAACGAUAAAUCACUAGCUUGCUCAACCACAAAUACACCACAACAUUCACCGCUAAGUGAUCAUCAUUCUCCAUAUGAUCCUCAACAGUCUGUAUCAGACCACAAUUCAGACAUGACAACGCCAAUUCAUCAACACACAUCGCCAGCACCUGUCUCUUCUUCAUCUUCUUCUCAUCGAUCUUCCCCACCAUUAAGCUGCAUCGUUCCGAAAAAAAGAAAGUACACUCUUCCAAUGGACGAUAUAAAUUCCCCCACUAACACUUGUUCAGCACAAACAAAAUCGGACAAUGAAAGUAAUUCUAAUCGCCAAUCUAACCCGUUGAAGACAAUUACAUUAAGAAAGAAGAAUAAUUCAGUUUCCUACUCAACAUCAACAUUCGAACCUGUCAUCGAUACUAUUGUUGCUCCAAAUUCUGUUCACAAUAUUGAAACGACAUUUGCAAUUGAUAGUAUACCAUCACUUCUUACAACCAAUAGCGAAGAAAAAGAAGACGAAAAAACCAACGAGGCUGACAUGCGAAUCGAAGUUGAAAAUGUGACAGCUGAAGAUAAUGAAAAAUCUUGUCAAAAAGAAAAUUCACUAAUCGUAUUAAAAGUUGUUCCAGAUAUUGAUGAAAAACCACUAACUUGUGAUAUUUCUGUCGGUGCCAAUAAUGAACAGAAAAGAGAUCGUGAAACAAAUGUCUGUAAGCAACUCUUAGGAUUUCUUAUUUCAUCGACAAGUUCCAGCGACAAAACACCAUCGUCAAAUGCUUCAUCGCAUAUUUCAUCCUCUUCGUCGAAUGGUAAACAUUUUCAAUACGAUCGCGUUCCAUCGAUUACUGUGACAACAUCUCGAACGAUGACCAAUGAACCUUACCACCGGCUUCUUAGUCAACCAUUGGGUUCUCCAUCCUUUUUAUGGCCAUCACAAACUAGUCAAUUGCGUCGACAACAAAGUUCUAUUCCUUACACACCACCACCUAUGUUGAGUCCUUAUCGAAAAGGACCAGGAUUAUAUUACCAUGUAUUUUCUGCUACACCAACAGCCGCUUCAACACCGACUACCAUGUUUCCUCAAGCAGGACAACAGUUAUUCACAUCGAUGACAAAUAAACCAAUAUUAAGUGAAUUUAAUAAGCAAGAAUAUGAUGAGUUAAUUCCUACACCAAAAAGUGACGUGUCUAUCCAAGAUUUACUGCCGAGGAUCAAUGUGGGUGAGCAAUAUCAGGUUAAUAUCCCAGAAUGCAAUCCGAACGAUUUGAGUGUUUAUGAUGAUAAUUUGGAUGAAUUAUUAUUUAGUCCAUAUAAUAUGCCGAAUAUAAAUGAAGAGUUGUUUGAUCGAUUUGGACUACUAAUAAAUAAAAAUGUUUUAUGUCCAAUAUCAACAACUGCGUCAUAUCCAUUAGAAUUAAUCUACAUGUUAUUAUACGAAUUUGAUGGUGAUAUUGAAAUGACAUAUUUAGCCUUACUUGAAGGAAAAACGACAAAAAUCAAAAAAUGUCGACCUAUACAUACAUAUAAAUUUGCAGAAUGUGAGAUUUGGACUAAACAAGAAAUUAAUUUAUAUAAUCAAUCAAUUGUUAAACAUGAAAAGAAUUUUGAACUCGUUAGUAAAGAUAUCGGUACAAAAAGUGUUAAACAAUGUAUUGAAUAUUAUUAUAUACCGAAAAAACAGUUAAAUUCAUCGACUUCGACUACAAAACGAAAACGUCAGACAAAAACGCUUAAAUGUUCUUCUAAUCCUUCUCAACAAAAACAUCAUAAUUUAAAGAAUAAUUUAAUUGAUGAUACUUCAUCGUCAUCGUCAACAACAAUUAGUGAUAAUAAUCGAAUGGACGAGGAAAACAAUAAUGAAACAAACUUUUUAUGCAAAAUUGACAAUUGUCAAAUGAAAUUUGAUACUGAACGAUCUUAUCGUGCUCAUCGUAAUGAACAUCGUCGUUGUAAACUUAACGUGUUACCUACGAAACAAACAAAUUAUAAUUAA